CAGACGACCCAUUUGCAAAGUUACUACGCAGGUUUCUCAGAGUUAUGUGAUAACAUGUAUACGACGAGGCUCGAAGUCUGCAAGACCUGCCCUUUUUGCGCUGUCUUGCAUAACGCCAUUCAGUCAAUGGGUACAGUUGGUGUUCGAGUCGGUAAAGAUCGCGGAGGAGAUAUCAUGGGCCUUGAAAGUGUCCCACAGUGCUGCACGUCCCACAAUUCUCUUAUGGUCUUUGAUGCUCAACCACAGGACUAACGGACGUAACAAACGAAAGGGUGUGUUUUCACCUUUGAAUGGCCUGAAGACGGUAGUGACGAUACCGCGGCCCCAAAGGCCGUAGAUACCAUGUGCGAAGACGAUACAGUUUCUGGCCAGAGAGUAGGGCGUACUCUUAGACUUAAUGUAUGACCUUUGCCACUGGCUCUCAAAGGGUCCUUGGCAGCUACGGAGCCGAGAAUAUCAGGCUCAUGCAGGAGGCGGCGGCCAAGUACGACCCGGAGGGCGUCUCUCAGAAGCUUCAGAUGACGGUUUCCUUUUACGCCACAAUAUAUGCGGAAGCAUAGUUGAAAGUAUGCUACAUGUAAGCAGAAGAGCCAGUGGCUC